AUAUAUCGUGCGCGCGUCUAAAGAUUGGCUAUCGUAUACUUGUUGCGUGAUCCUAAUUCUCAAACUUUUUAUUAGAAAGAGUGAGACUAACAGCAGAUGUAGGAUCAUUCGCGUCUGACGCAUUGACGCCGCCGCGGGGUACAGGAAGUAGGGGAACGGAGAUUCACGGGGCAACACGCUGUCUCGGAGCUUCUUCUCAAAACGGCACCCCCGGAACUCACUAUUCCUUGCUUAACUUGUAAAUGUUAUAGAGACCAGUGUUCGCCAAUGUAAACAGCGACAGGUGACUCGCUGUUUCUCCUCGAAUCUCAGUCUGGUAGCGCGGACCUUAUGUACUGGAACAGGACGGCGACCGGCGCACGAGAAGAGAUGCCGUUGAGCUCGAUAAGUCAUACCGCGAGUGUUCCCACCGACACGGUGGAGAGUGUCAAUCCCGGCACGAGCACGCAGAUAACGUCAACCUGCUGCACCCCGCCACCGUCCUAUCACAAUAUCAAUUUACCCCUCGGCCAUCCUUCCACGCUGACCAACGAACGCGGUGCGCCACCCUCGUACGAAGAGGCGAUAGAUCCUAAUGCACCGCCACCGUCCUACGAUUCUCUAUUUGGUCGUAUGAGAGAAGCCCGUAAAAUAUCUAAAGGCAUAUUCGAUUUUUUAAAGAAUAUUGUUGUUUUGCUCUUAGGCACUAUUGGGUGUACCAUUAUUCUUGGAGUGACGAUAGUGGUACCAAUUUGUAUGAUGGUAAUCGGUGGACUGUAUCUUUACGAUUGUCCACAGGGUGAAUACAUUCCCGUAUAUCUAUUGGUAGGCGGUGGAUUUGGAGUAUUUAAGCAAUUAUUAACUUUGUCAGCCCGCGUGCGACAACGUCAAGAGGAAAGAGACGAAGAAAGGAUCAGACAGUCGCCUACGCAAACUCUGAUCAAUUGUUUUAUGCUAGGAUGGUUUAUUAUUGGUUCUAUGUGGGUAUAUAAAGAAUAUGAACCAAACUAUGAUCCAGCCUUGGGAAAGUAUUGCAAUAAAACGCUAUAUUUAUUCGCCUUUUGGCUAAUUACAUCGGUCUACAUAUGUAUGGGUAUCAUAACAGCCGGUCUGUGCAGUAUUUCUGUAGCUAGCAUCGCAUUUCAGAGACCACCAUCGGAUCUGAUGUGAGACAACGUUGUUUAGCCGCUUCGUGUCCACGUCUCCGAAAUAACGCGCAUCUCCUCCGCAUUCGACAUAGUCAGGACGGUAUUUAUUGAAAAAGAAAUCCCGUUAUGUACACGCUAUGGACAAUAAGUGUGCGUAAUCUGCGUUCGGUUUUCCAUCUCGCGGGAGUACUAUCGAUACCGUCCUUUCUCUUCUCCCUCCCCUCCCAAUCGUUAAAUACGAACGGCUCGUUCUUAUAGACAUACUAAGAUAUUGACGAUCAAAGAUUGAAACAUUAAAAGCUCCAAUUUGUAUAUAAUUACGUGCCGUAUAAACGGAAGAGAAAUCUCAUUUUGGGAGCAAAGCGAUGUGAGCCACUCGUCGAAAGUGGCAUGACUUCGUCCGUCAUAACGAGUCGCUUCGCUCACAAUGGGGCGCAAAAAUUUCGUCCACGUUUACGUACCUGAGAUGCUUAAACGACUAUUUCGAAGAAAAUCGUUGGCACGUUAAACGCACACUGAAACACUCGCGUGGGCGUGCGAGUUUCAAGCAAGAUCAUAUGAACGAAUUAUGAUGCGCGAACGAGCGCAGUAGUUAUUCGAUAAUUCGACUUUGUCGCGGGAUUUCCGAUGCCGUAGGAAAAAUCGGUGAAUAAUACAUCGAAGUCAGUGUUGUCUCUCUUAAUAAGCCUCUCAACGGAAGAAACGGGAGGCGAGAGGAAGCAGAGUCGCUUCGACCGGAUCAAGGGCUGUGUGUACGCGUUACUCGCGGAUCUUUUAAAUAUGUGCCAAGUGGACGCGAAGUCGCAGACCAAAGUAUUUUGCUAUCACCGAUGUUGCUCGCGCUAGCAUCAAUGCGCCACACGGAUUCUGUAAAUUCGUUUAAACUUCUCGUCCAAUGGAACUCGCUCCAGGACGGGUAGGGUGCGAACGCGCGACUCACUACGCUUAGCACAGCGGCGUUGAUCACGCUUCGAUACGACGGUCUAACUCUACGAUAUAAAUUAGUUAUCGCAUCAUUCUCUUGAUAACACUUCUUAUCUGUGUUAAAUAUUUUAUGGACUUUUUACAGACUUGAUUAUGGUACGCACUCCGCUUGCUCGUGACUCGUAACUUAUUGUUAAAAGACUGCAAUCUCUCACGCGACAAUUUUAUCUAUUUAUUCGCCCUUUCCUCCGUCCUUUUACGCCUCUAUAGAUCUCUAUUGAACCCCCCAUGUCUCUCGAUACGAUUAGUUUUCUUAUGAAGGAUAAAUCGCGCAAAGCAAUCAACUAGAAAAAUGCGGACGUAUAUAGUACGGAUAUUGAUAUAUGCGUUCCUCUUUGAAACGCAUCUUUAACAUCUUUAACAUCUUCUCUACUUUAACAAAAAAUGACAGUAAAAGUGACAGUAGUUGUCAGUAUUGCUCGAACUUGCUAUUUUCAAGAACUCGGCAUGCUCUAUCGGAUCGUGUAAUAUGACGAGACAUCAAUGAAUUUGUGAUCCGAUUAAACGAUCGUAUUAUCAAAUGUAUUACGAAUAUAACUUAAUACUGUUGUUCCUUCCACUUUCAUAUAACUUUAUCAACUUUUCCCGACUGAUGUUUAGUCUUCCUCCCUCAGUCCUUGCGUUAUACAAAAUGUAAUUAUCUUCAACAUAAAUUAGGCGUAAGCUUAGGAAUAGACAUAAUAAGUAUCGUCGCAGGAACAGGAUUAAUCGUGAUCCUGUGUCGCGGUGACGUCUUUCACGAACGUGCUUAUGUCGCGUAACGAUUAACAAUAACUGAGCUUGCGCUUUCAAUUUCGCAUUUAACGUAUUAAAAAGAUAUGUAUAUAAUUCGCGUGUAAGAUCACAUUACACACGCACACAUAUAUAACAUGUAUAUGUAUGCAUUAACGUUGCAGCAUUCGACACUGCACUAACCGGGGACAGAUUGUAAAUAAUGUACGACUUGAAUGUAGAAUUAUGAAUUGUGCGCGAACAACGUAUCUUGCAUUUACUAUAUUAUAAUAUAAAUUAAUUGAUUUCCGACGAUGUAAUAACAUUCCUACGUUUUGCAUGACGGACACGUACGCACAUUCGUUGUUAUAAUUUCCUAAAUAAAGCGCUUAAAAGCA